CGGAGAGUAAAGGUGAACCUCUUUAAUUUGUUCAGCUCUGAGGCCGAUUCAUACAUGGGCACGUUUUAUAUUUUGCUGAUAAUUUCGGUCUUGGAGUUAUUAGAAACUGGGGUAAAUUGUUAUGAUCCCUGUGAAACAGCCAUCGAAAUUCACGAUCCCUUUCGAAGUACCAAACAUAAGCUGAAGAGAGGAGACAAGGCCAUUUGUGACUACAAACUGGAUAGGGACUGGUACAAAUUUAAGGGUGGAUUGCAGAUACCUACGACCAAACCUAAACCUUUACAUUGUGGAACUUUGGCCCCGAUAUGGAUGAGAAGAACUCCGCCCACAACUAUAGGAGAAGUUGUUGAAACUGAGGCUUGUAUUAACCUGUUCAACAUAAAUAAAGGAUGUGCGAAAACACUUCCUUUGUCAGUUAAGUAUUGCAAGGGAAAUUUCUACGUAUAUCGGCUCACUCCUCCUAGAGGAUGUUCCAUGGCAUAUUGUGCAGGUAGCUAGAAGACUGAUUUAACAUACCUUUUUUGAAUUUUUACUUAUAUUUUUGUAGCUAUUUUAGAACCCCUUCUGCAACUAUGAUGCAGAUUGAAAUGUUUGUCAUGAAAUGGCUGUGGAGAUAAAGUACAAACUUAUUAUGAUGCAUGUAAAUGGAUGAGAGUAUUUUACUGAUCGCAGUUAUGAAACAUCGUCUCAUUUCAAUAUAAGUAAGUUUUUUGAUACUACAUUUUAUGCAGGUGAUAGGACUCCAUGUCCUAAAGGACAAGAAGGUAUCUAUCCAGAUUGUAAAAUUUCCAAUAAGACGGAUUUUCCUGUUAAUCUCCUUCCAUCUCCAACUGUCACAUAUCGCAAAGACCAACCUCUAUAUACCAGGCAGGAAAUGAUUUGCGGUUUUGACUUUCCUGUGUGGAACAACGUCUCUUACCUGGUUGAAUGGUAUGGAAAACACGUAAAACCGGUCAAAAGAGACAUGUGGUGUGUUCCUGAAGAAAAAAAGGAUGAUAAGAAUAGUUGUAGUCGACGAAAAAGCACGAUUACUCUAACUACACACUAUCGGAUUGGUGAUUCGGUUAGAUGCAGACUCUUCAUGAAGUACUCUACAAGUCGCAAGAACAAAUGGACAGAAUUUGGAAGAGACAGCAAUCUAUUUUAGGUUACCCCACGCCAUGUAAUUGUUACAGAAUGUAAGACAGCUGUUAACAUAACCGUCAAUUUAAGGCCAACUAUUCCCAUUACCUGGUCAAAAAAUGUAUUUAAAUUAUACUCAACAAACGAAACGGAAGGAAGCGAAAGGAAAAAGCGUAAUACGCAGUUGGCUUCUGUAGUAGUGAUGGUGUUAAUACCGGAGAAGUACAAAAAUAAAAGACGACAAGCAGCAGUUGAUAAGUGCAAUGUCAAGUUAACUUCCCAAGAUAUUGCUCGUGGAAAAAACAUUAUGGUUAUUGGCAUUUGUGAUAAUCAAAAAGAGGAAAGGGACACCUAUGCAUUCCAUUUCAGACCCGAAACUACGCUUCCAGAAUGGAUACCGGGAAUAUAUCGGAUGCCAUCAAUGCAGGUUUCAGUUGAUAACACAGAAACAAGAAUGUGUUCGGCUACUACUGACCCAAACUUUACACCAUUUGACCAUCAACAUUUUUCUCACAACGAGCCAGGAGAUUAUGUAAUGCACAUCAAUGAAGCCAAAAAAAUAGAGGUUCACAUACGUCUAUGGAUGUGUGGUUGGAGGGGUUCCUGCGUUUGUGGUGUUGCAGUACGAGAGGGAAAAGAUGUUAUAGUGUUAUCUAUAUGCAACGACGUGCGAAUCUUUGAAAAGCCCGUCCGAACCAUAUUAAGACCUGUCAAACGAAGUCCAGGAAGUUUGUCAAAAGGCAUACAUGUCCUCAAAAAGAUAGCUGGUUUGUCGUCGACAUAUUUUGAGGUUAUAUUAAAGUCGGGUACACGAAUCGAAGUAAAACGUCGAACUGAAACUUUAAAUGUUUACAUUAACGCGCCAGGCACCGACAAAGGAAAAGUGGCAGGGAUCUGUGGUAACUUCAAUGACGACGUUACUGAUGACUUCAGUCAGGGAGGCGAUGGUAAAGCACACAAAAACGCAAAAGAAUUCAUUGAAAGCUGGAAACUCACUGAGGACAGAAGUCUUUUCGAUAUGAAAAUUAAACCAGAAAUUCAAAAUGAACAGGAAGAAGGAAGGUCUUGUUAUUGCCCUACGGAAAAAGGGCAAAAUAUUAUCAACGACUGUAAAGACAAUGCCAAUCACUUCAUAAAAUUUGAUAAAGAAACUACCGAAAUAAUGCUCCAAUACGGUAUGUCCUCCAAUUCAGAUACAUCAAAACGGUGGGUAGAAAGUGACUGGUAUAGUGAUGACAUCAUUGAUUACGUGGAUCGCAGCUACUUUGUAGAUGAUCCACAAGUACAGCACGCUAUGAACCGAAUACGAAGCAAGAGAUCUCCCAGGGUAGAAAUGUCAAAAGGCGAAGCAACCAAAUAUUGCAGGAGAAUAAUAGAAGAAUCACAAGCAGGCAAGGCAUGCAAAGAGUUGGAAGUUGAAAGCAUAGAAAGUGCUUUAGUACAAUGUAUAACCGAUUUGGAGAUUUCAGGUGACGUAUCAUUUGCAGCCUUGGCAUUUGAUACAUUGCAGUAUGUAUGCGAAGAUUCUAUACUAAAGAAUAUGUCUCUAUACUCUGAAUCUUCAACUGGUGACUUGGUGCCUCCAAGAGAAGUAGUGGCAAACGUAUGUCCCGGAGACUGUAGUGGACAUGGCAGGUGUAAGAACAAAACCUGCGUAUGUGAUGAAGGCUAUACUGCACUGGACUGUUCCAUGGAUGUUAAUGCAGUUCCUGAAUUGUUGGGUAUCUACAAUGGUGGACUCUGUGAUAUACGCGAGCGUCCAUGUAAAAAGACGAAUCUGCUGGGAGAUAACUUCAUUAACUCUAAUAAUCUCACGUGUCACGUAAAAGAAUUCAAGGUUUACCCGACUGAAUUCUGGUCGCCUCGUGGAAUUCCUAAGAAAUUAAACGGUACGAUGAUUGAUAUUUUUGGUCUCAAGUGCGACCUGCCUGAUCCACCGACGAGACUUGGUGAUUAUGAUCACGAGGGGACCCCUGCUGGAGGACUUUUGAUCUCAGUUUCUAACGAUGGCUUCAAUGCAAGUCUACAAAAACUAAGACACGUGUCCUUUGAUUCCAAGUGUAUGAACUGUAGCAAUUCAAGCAAAUGUGAACUUAAACCGAAUUCCUGUCUGAUCAGAGGACAUUGUUUUGCUGCCAACGAGCCCAACCCACGUGACUGGUGCCAGCAGUGCUUACCCAAAGAUGACCAGAAUUCCUGGACGCGUAGAAAAAAUAACCAAGCACCGAAGUUCACCACCAAGACAACUAUGUUUGCGGUUCAAGAAGAAUAUCUCGUGCUGCAGCUGAGAGCAACAGACCCUGAUAACCGUCCUGUAACAUACUCUCUACUCAGUUCUACAGCUACUGGCCACACAUUCAGUACAGCUGGUCUACUGAGAUGGAAGGUCACAUCGAAUGAGAAGUUCAACGUCAAAGUGACUGACGAGUGUGGAGCGUUUGAUACAACAGACAUGUUAGUGCGUAUAGUACAAUGUCCGUGUCUGAAUGGUGGCCAAUGUGUACCCCACCCCUACCAUCCACGGGGAUCUGGUCUGUAUCAGUGUAAAUGCAAGGAGAAAUUCUCUGGAGAACAUUGUGAACUGUGCAAAGGGAUUAGAAACAACAAACCACCCAAAUUCACUUCCCAAACAAGCAUAAAUGCAUUGCAAGGAGARGAUCUCUCCAUACAACUGAAAGCAGACGACCCGGAAAAGAUGAACAUCACGUACUCUCUACUCAGUUCUACAGCUACUGGUCACACCCUAAGCUCGUCUGGUCUACUGAGAUGGAAGGUCACMUCAAAUUCAUCGUUUACCAUCAAACUUACUGACGAAUGCGACACAUUUGACACGAUAGAGAUGACACUACGUAUAGUACAGUGCCCGUGUUUCAACGGYGGUAAAUGUGUACCCCACCCUAAACACCCAAGGGGUUCUGGGGAAUAUAUGUGUAAAUGCGUAAACAGAUUUCGAGGAGAAUGGUGCGAAAAAUGUCCUGGUUUCGUCUGUCCCCCACGUAACGUUACAGUGAAAGCCAUAGGAUCAACAAAACUUGAAGUGAAUUGGCUCGGUCCAUCAGAUAACCKCAUAUCCUACUAUUAUGUCAAGUAUGCUCAGCCGAAGUACAAAUAUAGAUGGGAACAAGUGCCUAAAACAGUAACAACCAAGACUUUGAACUACUUGAAAAAGUUCACAGAUUAUCGUGUUGCUGUGUCUGUAGUGAAUGCUUAUGGGGAAAAAAUGGUAGAAACUAUGGCAAAAACAGGCGAAGAUGUACCAGAUGCUGCACCAGUCAUAAACGCCAUCUCUCCAGAACGAUAUGAUGAGAUGUUGGUGAGGUGGUCCCCGAUACCCAAAGAAAAACGAAACGGUAUCAUCGUGGGUUAUAAAAUCUACUACAGAAAACUAUACACAGAUGAURCAUGGAAUACAACAACAACAUCCACCGCGGAUUUGACCAGCACCACAGUUACUGGACUGCAGUCGUACACCGAGUAUUGUGUAAAGAUGUCUGCCUUUACGAGUAAAGGAGAGUAUCCUCASUGGAAAAGAGGACAGUGUWACGAAGUCAAGACUCCUUCACUUCCUAUCAAAGUCUCUGGCGAAGGCAUCAGUUYAAGGGAAAUUCGUCUCAGGUUUGAAAAGCCAAAGCGCUCAAUGCCUUCCAMCAGAGUCCAAGUAGAUUACGGAAAACAGAAAGAYAGGUURAAUAYGAAGARAGCUUGCUAYGGAUCUUCAUGCGUCAUUGAUAACCUUGAGCCAGACACCAUGUACUACUUCAUGGUGAUUGGAUAUGCGUACCAGAGAGGCGAGUCGCCAUCGUUUAUUCAGAUCAGGACUCUUGCUCGAGGUUAAAGUGCUACCACCUUGAAGUAAAACGGCCGAAGAACUUUUAAAACGUUUUCUCUCUUUCUUUUUGUACUUUCAAAUGUUGAUUGUUAUCUUAAAGCUUUACGUCUUUACUUCUGGGAAAUUAUGAAAAGUUAAGCAAAAACAAAAAAGCUUAAAAAAUGGUAAUUCGAAACUAAGUUGGCAAUGAUUAUGCAUGCUAUAUAUGUAGACUUGAAUAUCUCAAGCUGCAAAAUAAAAUAUUUUCUAAUAAAUUUAUGAUGAAGUAAGGGUUGUUAUAAAAGUCAUAUUGAAGUAC